AUGGUGACACUAAUGCCUUGUAGCUAUAUAUCUGCCCCCCGAAUCUCCAUCAUUGAUAAAAUGAUAGAGAUAGAACCAAAGGGAAAACGAUCGCGCACCGAAGGACCAGACACGACGGAACGUUCGCGCAUCUACAGUAAUCUCGUGGAGUCGUCACCACUUGGAACAGGAACGACAGUACCAACACUGGACGGUAUCGGAAGUGGUUCGACCCUAGCCUUGGGGACACCAUUCCACUAUCCACCAGGUCCAUUGUCGGCUCACGCACACCACAGUAGUGGCCCCAGCAGUGGAGUCAACGGCGACCACACUGUUUUCAAUCACUCUGCUUCCACCAACACGGCAACCACUGCAAUCGGCGGCAGCACGUUAUCCACCAGUUCGUAUCGUGUGGGUGGCAAUUCCUCCGGAGGUUCCAUCGCUUUGCACAACGGGCUUAACUUAAGCUACGGACCACUGUCAAACGGUAGCGCAGGCAGUACUGGAGCUGGUGCACUGCUGGCAAGUCCUGGCUCACUAGCCAGUCGUCUAAACAACAGUGCCGGUAGCAGUAGUAGCGCAAGCAGUAGUGGUGGAAGUGCAUCCACCACCAUCACCUCGGGAUCUGGUUCCGGUGGCAGUUCUGCAGGGUCCAGCACCGGAGGGUUGGUGGAUGGAUUGUCCACACUGGCCACUGGUGGCACCGGCACGAGUAGUAGCGGCAGCACCAGCAGCAGUGUAGGCCUGCUGACAACCGGAGUGAAUUCCGCCGAGCUGGGAAUGUCGCACUGGCUUAGCGACGGUACGGUCAAGUCGGAACUGCGCAGCCCCGGACUGGACGCGAAUCUGGCGGCGACGGCCACCAAUUUACCACUCGGUUCUACGACCGCCCACCUUGACGGGACUACUGCCGGCCUGUUCUGCGCUAAUUCUGGCUCUACCGCCGCCACACUGGACGCGCUCCAAAGUCAAACGGCUGCGGCCUCGAACGUGUACGACCACAAGUCGGACUACUACAACUACUACAACAGCAUGCAGCAGUACACACCCGCAUUCUACUCGUCCGCGUACGGUGCGACCGCGUACGGUGCACGAACGGCAUCGACGAAGAUCCCGUCCCCGAACACGUAUCUAGCUUCGCCGUAUGCGGCUGCCGCUGCCGCUAGCAACAACAAUUCCGCCCAGCUCUACUCCUCCUACGGGUACAACUCUUCCUUCGGUCAGUUCGGUGCGGGACAGCAGGAUGGAUACAGCUAUUACAACGAUCAGUAUAGUCCGUACUAUGCGAACACCGCCAGCUAUUCGCCCUACGUCAGUUCGCCCGGUUCGAGCGGUAGUCAGGCUGGGUUCCACGUGCCGGCCGGUCUUUCGGCGGACAGUCCGUCCGAGGCGCACGCUACCACACCAAACAUGCUGGCUCAUUCCCAUUCGCCACAGUCGCCGAUCUCGAUUUCACCUACGGCCGGCAUCGGUGCGGUUCCCGGUGUGGGCGGUUCAGGUAGUAGCAAAACGACACCUACCGGGAAAUCGGGAAGGGCCCGUGGUAGACGUCACGCACAUCCAAGUCCAACGCGCAGCUCUACCAGUGAGCCCGGCAUUAGUGAGAAGGCUCCCGAGCGAAUUUUCGUGUGGGAUUUGGACGAAACGAUCAUCAUCUUCCAUUCGCUGCUUACCGGGUCUUAUGCAGGGCGAUACAAUAAGAACCGCGAUCACCAGGUGCAGCUGGGCUACCGGAUGGAAGAGCUGAUCUUCAACAUGGCCGAUGCGUAUUUCUUCUUCAACGAUCUGGAAGAGUGCGAUCAGAUACAUAUCGACGACGUGGCGUCCGAUGACAACGGGCAGGAUCUCAACAACUACAACUUUGCCGCCGACGGGUUCCACAAUGCUACACCGCAAGUAGGAGCUCCGCCUAAUGUUUGUCUACCGAACGGUGUGCGUGGUGGCGUCGACUGGAUGCGCAAACUCGCAUUUCGCUAUCGGAAAAUCAAGGACACGUACAACACGUACCGAAAUAACGUUGGUGGUUUGCUAGGACCUCAGAAGCGUGACCACUGGUUGCAGGUACGUUCAGACAUCGAGCUCGAGACGGACAGUUGGCACAGUCUCACGUUGAAGUGCUUGAACAUGAUUGCACAGCGAGAAAACUGUGUCAAUGUGCUCGUAACCACGACGCAGCUUGUACCGGCCCUUGCCAAGAUUUUGCUGUAUGGGCUUGGGCAGGUAUUCCCGGUAGAGAACGUGUACAGUGCGAACAAAAUCGGCAAGGAACAAUGUUUCGAACGAAUUGUGACGAGAUUCGGACGCAAAAGCACGUACGUCGUAGUAGGCGAUGGACAGGAUGAGGAGAAUGCGGCCAAAAAUCUUAACUUCCCCUUCUGGCGGAUAUCCAGCCACAGUGACAUCAGAUCAUUGCAUACCGCACUCGAGAUGGGUUUCUUAUGAAAACUUUACCUCGUCUU